AUGAUGGCUUGGAUUUCACUGACAAAUGAAGUUGUAGAAACCAUGGCUGCCAGUUAUGUAGACAACCAGUUCCAGUUUGCUGAGAUGAAUAUUCGUUAUACGGGUAAUAUGGAGAAGUUGCUAUCAUUACUGCGUCGAGCGAUUCGGAUGGGGUACGAUAGCAUUGUCGUGAAUACGGAUGUUGGUGACCCUGAGAAUAGCCCAUGUGACGUUGUAAAGAUCGUUUUUCGAUUAUUAGAAGAGGGAAUGGAACCCCCACGUAAGAAAAAAAAGAAAGGGAAGAAUAUAAAUCGGGAAAACGUCAUUCCAAAUCCGGUUGAAAUCGAUAAGUCUUUAUUGAACCCAGCAACGACUGAAGCGAAUGGAAAAAAGCUAAGUCGUCUUACGGUGACUGUUUCUGACACUACCGACAUGCAUUUACUUAUGCAUCAUCCGCAGGUUCGCAAGUAUGAUAUCUUGGCUAUAAGGACUACUGGAGAACAGACGCUACAGACUUUAAGUCGAAAAGGAGACUUUGUUGAUAUCGUUACCUUUCACCAGAAUUCCUCUCCUGUAACGUGGCUUACUAAGAGCAAGUUGAUCCAGUCAUGUGUUACGGCAGGCAUUUCUUUCGAGAUAAGUUACGCUGAGGCCUUGAAAGAUUCGAGUCGAAGAAGAUCUGUAACAAUUUUGAACUGUGUUAAGCCUUCUACUGUCUUGACUACUGGUAGACAGUUAAUGGCAGCAACCCGGGGUGGUCGUGGAGUUAUUGUUGACAGUGGCGCGGAGGAAAUGAUUGAUCUUCGGGGUCCAUACGAUGUCGCUAAUCUGAGCAUUCUCUUCGGCAUUAGUUCAGAAAAUACGAGAAAAUUACUUUCAGGGAACGCGAAAAGUGUUUUACUUCGAGCUGAAGCCAGAAAGACACUAAAGGGUGCUUUAGCAGUGACUGAACCUGACGCGAUACCCUCUCCAUCGCUUAACAGUAAAAGCUGUCUUGAACGGUUAAUGAAAGUUCCGGAGUUUAGAACUCAAAUAGAAAUAUUGGCAGAAAAGAAGGACGAAACAGCAGCUUUGUAG